UCUGGCCAGCACAGAAGACAUAAAAAUAAAACUAAGUUUAAAUAUUUGCUGAAAGUCAACCUGCCAGGCCAUUUCACUGGGAGACCUGCAAUGUCAGUAUCUUUAGGUCUCCCCUCUUGAGCUGGACAGAUUCUCAGACAACAUUCCAAACGGCUGCCACGAAGAGCAAAGAUGAUAGAGGUCCCAGCACUCAGAGUGGCAAUGACCAUCAAGCCUCUUCUUUCCACUGUUUGCCAGAACCUUCAAAUUUGCCUCUCCUUCUCUUGUUCCAAGAUCCUCUCUUCACUUUAACAACCAGCUCCAGCUUGGGUAGCGGAGGGCAGUGGAUCAGGGUCUUACUCAAACCACUGUCACCAUCCUCCACAUGAUGGUCUCCCCUCCUACCCAGUUCCAGAGGAACUUGGCACCGCUGGGCCCUUAAUUUUUGAAGAUUCUGCGACACAUAUUGUGAUGUUUCCGAUUCCCCCGCUAGCAGUGGACUAGAGCGCUCUCGGGCUGCUGAAUAAUGCUCCAUUCUGUGGAGAACCCCAUCCAUCCUCUUUCCUGGACUCUCUCCAGGUAUUUGCUAUCGUGAACUUUCUUAUACAUGUCUCCCAGGAUGCAUAUGGAAAAGCUUCUCUUUGGAGGUGAGGCCAAAGUUUUUCAAUAUGUUUUUACUAACGACAGAACCAUCCGCAAUGCAAAAGAGAUCCUGAAUUUCCAUGCCUUUUCCAACACUCGGUAAUUGGACUGGAUUGACUUUAGCAUCCAGCCCCGGGGACAGUUUGAUGAGCGUCAGCGGGUAAAAUAAAGCGGUUAGUAUGGCUCUUUUGCUCCCCACACUCUGCAUGUUCACGUGCAUGUUCGUCUGCAUGUUUGGAGGUUCUCUCUGACACAACCAGAGUGAACGUCCAACCAGCCACACAGGUGAACUUCCAUAGUAACUGAAAAUUCAAUUGCCGGAUACAAAAAAGUGAAACUGCGGCCUCUGGGACUUGUAGUCCACUGGCGGCAGCGCCUGAGUGCGGUGUUUUCUGGUAUCUGUAGGCGGAGGUGCCCUCUGCGCAGGCGGAAGCUGGUGCCACGUGGACCUUUUGUCCGCUUGGUUGCAGCCGCGUCUCAGGUUGCGGUAUUGGACGUCGCCGUGACCCUCGCUUGGAAGGAGUUGGGGCAGCUGGACCAGGCCCAGAGGACCCUGUUCCGGAAAGUGACGCUGGAGACUUGCAGACUCCAGGUCUCACUGGAGCUUGCGGUUCCCAACCCAGAGUUGAUGUAACAGCUGAUGCACGGGUAAGAGGGAAGAGAGGCCUUUGCCGAAUCAUCUGUCCAGGUGACAAGUAAAACCCGAGACCAGCCCGCUUUGUCUUAGGAGCCUUGCUCUGGAUAAGACUGACUCAGGGAGCCAGGAGGUCCUCCGGCUUGGAGCAAGCCAGAGAUCAGGAAGUAUUGUUGGAAAUGCAGGAAGGGCACUUGAGGCCACUUACCGUCUCCCACGAGGAGACCUUCCUUCCAAAUAUGAGCCUUGAAUGUGAUGGGUUGGGAACAGAUGAUAGUCUGCGCUCAAGGGUUUUACAGAAGCAAGACUCUGGAGGAAAUGCGCUCCAUGAAUGUGAUUCACAGGGACUGAGUAAAGACGCGUUGGUUCAUGCAGGGAAGACCCUCUACAAAUGCGAAGAAUGCGGGAAAGUGUUUCACAAGAAUUACGUACUUGUUCGACAUCAGCGGAUUCACACUGGGGUGAAGCCUUAUGAAUGCCAGGAGUGUGGGAAAGCCUUUCAGGAAAAGGUAGACUUGGGCCGGCACAUGAGGAUUCACACUGGGGAGAAGCCCUAUAAGUGUGUGGUGUGUGGGAAGCUCUUCAGCCGCAGGUCACACCUCACGUACCACCAGCGGAUCCACACUGGCAAGAAGCCCCAUGAGUGCAGAGAGUGUGGAAGGACCUUCAACUCCCACUCUGUUUUUGUCCAGCAUAGUCUGACCCACACCGGAGAAAAACCCAUUGAGUGCAAAGAAUGUGGAAAAGCCUUUCACUACAAGUCUUCCUUAACUCGACACAUGAGGAUUCACACGGGAGAGAAGCCCUACAAGUGCAGCGAAUGUGGAAAGACCUUCACCUACCACUCUGUUUUUUUCCGACAUGGGAUGACCCACAGUGCAGGAAAGCCCUAUGAGUGUAAAGAAUGUGGGAAAGGUUUCUACUACAGCUAUUCCCUCACUCGACACACAAGGAGGCACACUGGAGAGAAGCCCUAUGAGUGCAGGGAAUGUGGAAAGGCCUUUGCCUACCGAUCCGCUUUUGUUAAGCAUAAGAAGAUCCACACUAGAGGAAAAACCUUUCAGUGCAAAUAAUGUGGGAAAGCCUUUUGUGACAACUUUUCUUUCCCUUGACACUUGAGUCACACUGGAGAGAGGCACUCUGAAUCCUGUCACUAUAGGACAGCUUUAAGCUGCUGCUCAUCCCUCACUUUACCAUCAAAGAAUUCAUGCUGGAGAGAAACUCACUAAGAGUGUAAGCUGUGUGGAAAGACCUUUUGCAGGCGGGCCUGCUUCAGCCAACAUCAUAGAACUUAUGCUGGGGAAAGACCUUUUGAAUAUAAACCACUUUUGGCCAUGGGAAAUAUCUUACCUGGCAUCUGAGAAUUCAUCCAGGAGAGAGACCUCUGAGUUAUUGUGCACUUGGCAGAAACUUCUGCUACAGCUCUCUCCAUAAGUUAUAGCACCAAGCUGUCUCAGAAGUAUUUUUAAAAGAAUGAGGAGGAUGAUGCUGUCAAAGAGAAAAGAAAAAGAAUUGUUUGCACAGCUUCUUCCAGACUUCUCUGAAAGCCAAGCCUCUGAAAAUUUGAAUUCAGCUCUUUAUUUUGAGGAUAUUUGAAAGGUAAAUGGGGCUUGCCCCUUAAUUUGUCCUUUAUAUAAAUAUUCACUUCUGUCUAGUGAUGGGAAAGCUGUGCAGUUGAGGGCAGCUCUGUAAAGAUUUUGUUGACAGCACUCUUUGUUCCAAAUUGUCUGUAGUCUUGAGGAGCAUAAAUCUUUGUGAGAGAUAUGCAGGCUUAAGUCAUGAAACACUUGAAACUUGUAAGAAAUUAGAAUAUUAAAAAUACUGCCACAUAAAAUUAUUUUAUAUUUAAGGAGAUAAAGAUCCACAUAUGAAUGUGCCACAUUUUGCUGCGUCAUGUAAGACCAUUUAAGGCUUUAAUGUUUUUCAGUUUCUUUCUUCAUGUGGUUCUGAACAUCCAGCAGUGUCAUUUUCUUCUUGACUUCGAGAUCCUUGUUUGUUUUGAUUCAUUUUCUCUGGGGUGUGGGGAUGAUGGCGUGGCUGCGUGGCUUUCCCAGGUGAGCCCUAAUUCUUUCCUCUGCAGUUCUCAGCUUCUUUAGUCCUCUGUAAAGGGGCUUCUCCAAACCAUGUCAGCAGUUUUCUAGAGAUUGAACUAAAGCUAAAACAAACUAAAUAAAAUACAGCCAAGUUAGACUGAUGGAAAACUUGGGAAGAAAAUUAAAAUUUUCAAAAAUCAAUACAAUGUAUUACAAUAUAAACCAUGUAGAUCCUUUGACCUAUUAAUUCAAUUUCUAGAAAUCCAGCCUAGAGAAAUAGUCUCACAAAUGUGCAGAGACAUGUGUACAAAAAAUACUCACUGUAAUUUUGUUUUUAUAUGUGAAACAUUGAAAACAACCUAAAUGUCCAUCCAUAAGGAAACAAGUUUCGGUACAUCUGUUCUAUGAAAUACUGUGAAACAAUAAUGUUUGUGUUAUGUGCUAAUGUUCAGAUAGCUUCAGAUAUAGUGUUAGGCAAAAGAGCAAGUUGCAGGAAAUAAAUCCAGCUCUGGACGAAUGACCCUAACACUGUUAACAGUGGUUCUCUAAGGGGAAUGGGAUGGUCAAGGGUUUUAGGGAACUUUCAGUUUUUACUUUAUAUACUUCAGUGUUGUUUGCAUGUUUUUUAAAUAAAGAGCAUAUAUUAUUUUCGCAAUAAAUGUUUCAAAUAUUUUAAUUAAAAUAGCAUCAUGGAAUACAAAUGACUCCUAUC